CUGCUUCAAAACACAUGGACUUUCCCCACGUGAAUCAAUAUUCAAGCCCUGAUCUCCCUGUUGAGCAAUGAGGCCAAAGAGACGAGGGAGCUGAAAGACAGAUGAGACAGAGGGAGGGCUGUGGGAUGUCAUCUGUAAAGAAGGAGAUUCUCAUUGGAGGCAAAGAGAAAGAAGAUUGCUAUGCAUGUUUUGAGGAAAAGAAAGGGGAAAAAGGAAAACAAAAAGCAUCCUACAUGCUGAAGCCAUCUUAGUCACACACUCUACUUACACUGGACUCCACAUCUGAUUGUUAUUAAGAAGCUUUGGGGGGGGGGAAAGCUCCAACAAGACUGGAAAGAUGUACUCCAAGUUGAAGUGGCUGAUUGUGUUCCAGCUCCUGCUGAAUGAACAGGCUCUGUGCAGGGUCCCACCUCCUCUUGCGCGGAGAAACAUUACGCUUCCAGGAGCUGACUUCAAUGAAGGGGGAGAGGAGACAGCCAAACAGGAUCAUCAGUCUCUUCUGGGAUCCCAAACCCAGCUCGGUAUCUCAGCUGCAGAAAAACCUGAUCCUAUUCGAUCUGCCAAACAUAUAAUGUCAGUCCUCAGGGUGAACCUUCAGGGGCAGAUUCAAGAUCAUCUCCACUUUCAGGGGAAUGUCAGCUGUGAGGAGUUGCUGUCUGCUAGCACCGUGGACGACCCAUCAUCCUCCAUGUUCCCCCAGGAGCUCCUGGGUCUCUCUUUAGUGCCUGUGUUGGUGGUGGCAGGCUGCCCACAAGAGGCUCAGACCCUGGUGCUUAAGCUGUACAGCCUGCUGGGAGUGGCGGACACAGAGGAGCUUCUGAUGGAGGUGGAGGGUCUGAUAGAGAGGAGGAUGAGCAAGUCUGCAUCUACGCCUGCACCUGCAUCAGCAGCAUCGCCUUCGGGAAGGGAUCAAGCAGGGCGCCACAUAGAGGCUGUGAUGUUUAACAUCCAGCAGCUGGCCAUGGUGGGAGAAGGUUCCUCCAAGCAGGAAGGGCAUUGUGAGGGUUGGACCAGGGUGAGGGGAACCACACUGGCAGGAAAAGCUGUGGAAGGAGCCACAGGUGAUCUAGAGGAGGCUGUGGGCACCUGCGAGAGACUGGGAGUCCUGUGUGCUGGUGUGACCAGCAGUGCACUACUCAAACCUGGGAAGUACCAGGCAGUGUUUAAGAAAGGCAGCCGCGUCCUGCCCUCUGAAUCCACAGUGUCUGAAUGUUGGAUCCGUCAAUGCAGCGCAGAGGACCACGUUUAUACCUCCGCUGCUUCGGGUCGUCGGGUGAAGCGAAGCCCCCAGAGGAGCUGCAUCAACAAAAGCGAGGAGCGUGUGUACAACGUGAUGGAGUGGAUCCCUGCAGUCAGCACCCUCUACAACCUCGGAACAGCUGUGUAUUAUGCUUCAGUCAACUGCUCUGAAACAGCCAAGGAGAGAGCCAUCCUCAGUGCGGUUGACCUCGGCACGGAUGCUCUCAUGGUCGCCACAGGGGGAACUGCCGGGGUGGCAGGCUACGCCCUGGGUGCAGGGAUGAAGACCGGUGUGAAAGCUGGUGUCAAGUAUCUGCUCAACUCCAUGAAGCAGGAAGACGAUGUGCUGGUGAACCAGUUCAGCUGGGAGGAGGGCAUCAUCACCAUCCAGUAGACAGAAGGAUCAAUAAAUCAGGCUGUGAAACUUUAGCAAUAAAUAUUGUUAUAAUUAGUUCAUACCUUUUUUUCAAACGAUGACACAGGAUCAGUGUUUGUUAACUGACAUGUUUGAAGAGUAACAUCGGUUUACUAGAUUUAAGAUUAAUUGGAAAACAAGAUUACAUGUUUUUGCAUUACUCACGCAAUUAUCAAGUUUUGAAAGGAGAAAAAUUGUUUUUCUUUUUUUUCCUUUUGUAAACUAAUUAGCCAAAUUCAGUUAAAGUAAAAACUUAAUUAAAUUACACAUUAAUUGUAAACAAUGUCAAUUAUAUAUAUAUAUAUAUAUAUAUAUAUAUAUAUAUAUAUAUAUAUAUAUAUAUAUAAAUAUAUAUAAUGAGUAUGGUCAUAACGUAACAUAAACUAACAAUCUUUUUCCUUGUAGAAAAAUAGCUGCUUUUGUGUAAAACAGAUAGUUGAACAAAUAUUAAGCAGACAUUUUUGAAGAAGAACUGGUCUCAGGAAACUAAACCUUCAAUCCCUCAAGACUUUCAUUUUUCUUUCCAACCAAUGUUGUUCUUCUGUUCACUCUUGAUGUUUUCUUCUCUUCCAUUAUAACGUUUUGUCAGGUCAGAGUUACAUUCCCACCUCUGGUGUUAAUUGCAGGGACACUAGACUGAGCACUAAAUUUUGUUUUUUUAUAUUCUUUUUUUCUUCAAAUGUCAAUAAAUUGUAUAUUAAAUCAA